GCGUAUGCUCUCAUUUCUUUCUACCCAGUGCCGGUGCUAUCAUUUUAUUGACUGUGCCCAGAAAUCAAUCUUGGGAAGCUGAGAAGAAACCUGCAUUAUGAUGAUCACGACGACAGCACAGCAAUAGCUACAGCACAACAAUACAAGCUCACUUUUUUUUUGCCCUCUUUUUGCUCUAAACCUAAUGCGGUGUGCCAUGCGUGCAAGGUGUUUGCCCGCAGUGGCAACCUCCCCACUGCUUUUAGGUCGUUACUGGAAGUCCACCAGUGCCUCACCUGAACCGGGUCACGGCAAUGUAUCACCUCCCCCUCCUCCUUCCACACCGGCGACUGGUGUGGUACUGCCCGGCGUCGACCUCGCUCGCCGUGCGGUCGACCCGAGCCAAGAGUUCCCGACCACGUGGAGCGAGGAUGAGCCCCUAGCGCCCUCGGACCCACGCAUCGUGUGGCGCGAGCUGUAUUCGCUGGACGCCGAGAAGCCGUAUUAUCAAAACGUCAAAACAAUGGAGGUGACGUGGGACAUCCCCGACGGCUUCGUCACGCGCUUUCCGCGCCUGUACAAGUCAAACGGGUACCGCGUCGACGAGAGAGGCGCGGUGUUUCGAUCACAGGCAACCGCCGCGGCAGUUGACGACACUGCCACCAAACCGGGCGCCAAGACCGAUGGCGUGAACGCACUGACGUUAAAGCAGCGGGUAGCGACGUACGGCGCGGGUGGGCUUCUGUGGUAUCUCAUUAUCCACAGCAUUUCCUUUUUUGGCGUCUUCACCUGUCUGUACGUGUUUCGCAUCGAUUUGAUCGGCAUGGCGCGGUCGUACGGCUUCGAUGUGAAGCGAACCGCCGACGUCCCGGUAAGCGAGAACAAGCAGCCGCCUUUCUGGAAGACGUUUGUGGUCUCUAUCGUGCUGAACAAGAUGCUCGUCCCGGCGCACCUGCUCAUCACCGUUACCACCGCACCGAUUCUCGUACACCGCCUGGAGCCGAUUGCGGCGAAGCUGUUUCCUGCGGCGCGGGCAGUUGUCAAGUCCUUCGUCGGCAAGACGAAGAUACAACCACCACCAUCUGCAAAGGCGUAA